GUGACGUAAUACGUAAAUAAGUUAAUCAACCUCCUGCUGCUCACCCCGUCGCUGUUGUCUUCCUUUUCCUUUUCAUUUGUUUUUGGAGCACCAAUGACAGUGCUAAAAUCGCAUAAAUGGUCGUGGAGAUAAAACGAAAUCGACACUUUCCCCGACAAUCAAGGAUAUGCCAUCUGAUUUUGUAACGUAACGUUAGAAGUAAGCCGUGUUUGGACAGCAAACCAAGAAACCGAGUAACGUUAGCCAGACAGCUAGCUGACAGCGGUUAGCACUCAGCCGUGUGUUCUGUACAUUUUCAUUUUUAACUUUCAUUUCGUACAUUUUGUGGUAUUUGGGUUUUUUUUAUCCUGUCGCUAAGUUCAGUCCGUGGUUUCGCCAGGAGAGGAUGAACUGGCUUUUUCCCCUGUCCAAAGGCUCCGGACCUCUCCCUCCUCUCAACAGCCUCCAGCAACAAAGACAGCGGCAGAUCGAGUCCCUGAAAGCGGCUCACUCCAGUCUAGCAGAGAUCCAGAAGGAUGUGGAGUACAGGAUACCAUUCACAGUCAACAACUCCACCAUUAGUGUUAACAUUCUGCUGCCUCCUCAGUUCCCUCAGGAGAAGCCGGUAGUCAGUGUCUAUCCUCCUGUGGGCCACCAUCUUGUUGACAGCAACAAUGGAACGAUUGUCACCAGCCCCCUCAUCACUAAUUUUGGGAUGCACUCAGACCUGGGUAAGGUCAUUCAGAGUCUGCUGGAUGAGUUCUGGAAGAGUCCGCCUGCCUUGAUGUCGAGUGGACCCACCGGCUUUCCGUACAGUAUGUACAAACCAUCAGGCAUGGCUCCAUACCCCACCCAGGGCUUCCACUACGGUCCACGUCCUAUGGGGCCCAGCCAGGCCCCGGCGCCAGCCCCAGCCCCGGCCCCGGCUCCUAUACCUCACACAGGGGCUGACAGCACCCACGGGCCCCCUAGAGCUCCAGCCCCUUAUGGACUGAUAACUGACCUGCCACUGCCUGUACCCACUGGAGAAACACAGGCUGGACUGAACGGCCACAUGUACAAGAUGCCUGAGAUUCCUGAGUCUUUCCCAGAGCUUUCUGAAAUGAGUAUGUCCCAGCUGAAGGACAUGUCUGAACAGGAAGACGUGUUGCUGGAGUUCUUUGUGAGUUUGCCACAACUAAAACAAGUCACCAGUGAUAAAGAAGAGCUGGUCACCAGUAUAGUGGACAUGGCCAAGAAAAACCUUCAGAUGGAGCCACAGCUGGAGGGGAAAAGACAGGAAAUGCUCUACAAAUACGAGCAGCUGACCCAGAUGAAGUCGGCCUUUGAGACAAAGAUGCAGAGACAGCAUGAGCUCAGUGAGAGCUGCAGUCUCAGCGCUCUUCAGGCUCGGCUGAAGGUGGCGGCCCACCAGGCGGAGGAGGAAUCUGAGGAGACCGCCGAGAACUUCCUGGAGGGACGCACAGAGAUCGACGACUUCCUGACCAGCUUCAUGGAGAAGAGAACGCUCUGCCACAGCAGAAGGGCCAAAGAGGAGAAGCUACAGCAGUCCAUCAACACACAUGGACAGUUUCCUACCAGCCACUAGAUCACAAGGUAGAAAAGGUUUGCAGUUUCCUCUGCCAGCAGCUGCCAACUCAAAGGUUAUGACGUUAGAGAGACGACGAGAAGCACACUAAGUCAGCGAUGAGGAUUUUCAUGAUGAGGAAGAUGAUGACGACGACGGGCUUGAGGAGAAGCCCGUUGUGCCCACAUCCGGAUUAAAAACAAAAAAAGCCUUUAUUUAUGAAGCUUGAUUAUAGGAGAACCAGAUGGAUGGAGAAGCUGCAGAGUCACAGCAGGAGGACAGAACUGGCAGAACGAGCGACACGUUUUGUUACUAAAAAUUGAUCAUGACGGUGGAUAAUUUCUCCUCUGCACAUGCUCUCCCUCCAGUUCUCAACUCCUGACAGUGACGACAGCUUCCAUCCCUCCUUGUUUUUCUUCAUCGGCUUAAACUCACUUUAACUCAGUGAGAGCAGCACCUGCGCCUGGCAGAUAAAACAGGGACUGGACGGUGGUGUGUAGGAUGGUGUCCCAGCAGUCCUGCAGACUUUUUUUUCAUGCAGAGCAGAGAAAUAAAUGUCACUGUAAAGUCAUCUUUAACCCUGGUUUUGUGUUUCGUUGCUUCCCAUCUCUAACAUCGCUGUCCAGUCCUCAUUUUAUUGUCCCAGCCGGCUCUCACAGAGGAAACUCUGUGUUAGCGCUCAUCUUGUGAUUAAACUGAUCUGUUUGAUUGGACAAAAAGUCAUUCGCUGCCCCCUGAAGGUCCUGUUUACACUGGGAACGUUGUCCCAGGACGCUAACUCAAAGGUAUCUGGUUUCAUUUAUGCUGGGCCUGGCAGUGUCAAAUCAGUUACUGACACAGUCAGUCCAAUACGUGUGAUCUGGGGAAGUGACCAAAAAACUGAGACAUGAUCUGCCUGGCCAGGUGGUGGUUGUGGUGUCGCUCAAAUUUCCCACUUCAUGAAAUCUCGAACACAACCUUAAGUAUUUUUCACUUCGCGAUGUUGACCACCAUAAUGAUGAUGGUGAUGAUGGUGAUGACCAUAACAAAUUGUUUUCUGACACCCACAUGGACUUGAACUUUUUUUGAUGAGUAUCACUGAAUUUGGGAUGAUGUUGAGGAGUGCUGUGAUAAAACGCUGCAGAAAUACUCAACGACGUUGGAUACUGUAUUUAAAUAAUGUUAAUAAUAGGCUUUAUUGUAAUCAAAGACUCAGACACCUUGUAUUAUAUGUUCUUAUUUAAUUUGUUAGGGUAAUAAAGCGUUUAGAAUAAACUU